GCGACGUCGCACGGGAGCUUCUCGAGGUGCCGAGAAUAUGUCGUCACGUACCAGUACGAAGGGAAAGAUCUAUCCACGACGUGGGUUGUUGGAUCUGGAGAAGAUGAGAGACGAAGCGGAGGACAUAGACAGAGCUAUGGGGGAGACGGAGGCCAUGGCAGCGCGAGUGCUGAUGCGCGUUCAGAGCAUCUUGCUGGACGUCUUUGAGGACAUCGAGCAUCUCAACGCGAAACGGGCGACAGCUUUGCUGAAGAUGGAUGAUCAGGACGUAGAUGUGUCUCAACCUCACAGUACGAAUGAUGACGAUGAGACUGCGCCUGCACCCGAAGAUGCACCACCGGAGACUACGAAGCCGCCUACACCGGCUGAUUACGAGGCCGCCAUCGCGAUGUUGAGCGACCUCCGCUCCCGGAUCAGCAACGACGUGGUUCCAAACGAGCACCUCCAGGCGUUAUGCGCCGAAAUCGACGUCUUCCGAGCGCAGAAGCAUAUCCCUCAUGUAUGCCCCCGAACCGCCGAGCAACAAGAAGCCACGCAGUGGUUCCCAUUCUCUCAACCAAGGCCGAGGAUCGGCGUCGAUCCCCAAGGGUUUCCAUACGAGGACUGGGGCCACUCCCCGCCAUCCAAUUCCAGAUUUAUCCGUCGCCUCGAGAAAGAAAACCUCCUUCUCACGCCCCUUUCCGCUCGGCGCCCGCGAGUCUUCAAGAAGCAAUGCAUGGUCCAGUUUCAACACAUACCGCUCUCCAUUCUAACCCAAAUGGAGAUCUGGCACUACGAACAGGGGCGCUGCUCCGACUGCAUUGUCAGGGCUUUGAAGACGUUUCCGCCAUGGGUAAUUGAUCUCGUCACUAACGAAGCACUAGAAGACGGCAACCCUGUGUUUCGGAACGGUCUCAAGGACGAAUUAAUCGAGUGGGACGAUGCGACAAGACGAUGUCGUCACCUCGUCUUCGAUCAUUACCGAUGGAUAGCGAUAGAAGAACUGGAGGAGAGGGCGUAUGACAGUGCGGCGGAUCCGCUCAUCGUCAAUGGGACAAGAGCUACGCCUGUUCCGGCAUAUAAUCGAUAUCACUGGAUUGAUGGGCUACGUCGACCGUGACUUGAAACCGGUGAACAUUCUCGUGUUCCAUACCGAUGAUCGAGGACGCCUCAGCAUCAAGAGUGUUGAUUUCAGUUUCGUGACGCGCACGCCGAGGCGAGGGGAGACGGUGAUCGGUUCCGGCUGGCUCUAGUGCUUGGGAUCCAUGGGAGAUAACGGAACGGAGCUACUCCGAGAGCGGCGACGCCUCUAGCGGGGGUGUCAUUCUAUUCUUCAUCGUCCGAGAGGGUGUCCGGAGCAAGGGGAAUAAGUGAUUUGCAACAUCGAUGCCGUUACCCUCGUUCUUUGCCUUGAAUGGCCCUCCUCUCUGUUAUGUAGUCAG